CUAAUUCAUUCCCUCUUGUUUCAUUGUCUCUUCUCUGAGUGCUCUAGCUCACCAAGAAUCUCUCUGGCUCUCAUGGAACAGAUCCAGCAUAGACAUGUGCAAGUGAGAGGUGUAAAGCUUCAUGUAGCUGAAAUUGGAAGCGGUCCAAAAGUGGUGCUUUUCUUACAUGGGUUUCCGGAAAUAUGGUACACAUGGAGGCAUCAAAUGGUUGCUGUGGCAAACAAAGGCCACCGUGCCAUAGCCAUUGAUUUCAGGGGCUAUGGACUUUCUGAGCAGCCAGCUGAACCAGAAAAGGCAACCCUCAAAGACCUUGUUGACGAUGUUGUUGCCCUUUUGGAUUCUUUGAGCAUUGACAAGGCUGUCCUUGUUGGGAAGGAUUUUGGAGCUUUCCCUGCAUACGUAAUACCUGCUCUCCACCCACAGCGGGUCUCUGGCAUGAUAACAGUAGGUGUUCCUUUCAUGCAACCAGAUGCCUCUCCUGUCCAAUUUCAUCUCAUCCCAAAAGGAUUCUACAUGUCAAGGUUCAAGGAGCCAGGGCGGGCAGAAGCAGAUUUUGGCCGCUUUGAUGUGAAGACAGUGAUACGGAACAUCUACAUUCUCUUCUCCGGAAGUGAGCUCCAAGUAGCUGCUGAUGAUCAAGAAAUCAUGGACUUGGUUGACCCUGCAACUCCUCUACCACCAUGGUUCUCUGAGGAAGAUCUUGCCGCCUAUGCAUCUUUAUAUGAGAAAUCCGGACUCCAUUUUCCAUUGCAAAUUCCAUACAGAUCCAGACGUUCAUCCGAGGAUUACCAUUUAACUGAUCCGAAAAUCUCAGCUCCAUCGCUGCUUAUCAUGGGUGAGAAGGACUACUUCUUAAAGUUUCCGGGGGUCGAGGACUACAUGCGCACUGGGGCAGUGAAGCAUUUUGUGCCUGAUUUGGACAUUAAUUUCAUUGCAGAAGGGACUCAUUUUGUGCCGGAACAAUUUCCAGAGCAAGUUAAUCAGCUAAUCACCAGCUUCCUUGACAAACAUGGCAUCUAAUGUAGAUGCUCAAUGUGCCUAAGAGCAAUAUUUUCUAGGGCAGCAAAUAAUGCGACAUAUGCUGAAAAGGCUACGCCUUACAAGACAUAUAGAGGAAUAAAUAUACUCCUGCCCCUGUUCUUCUAUAAACAACAAAAGGGUCCAAUUGAAGUAUAAAAUCAGGGCGAUUCUACAUGGAGCAUAUUCCCAUUGC